AGGUUAAGAACUGAAAAUAGACUCUUGAAACAGCGCAUAGAAACAUUAGAAAAAGAAAGUGCUUCCUUGGCAGAUAGAUUGAUACAGGGACAAGUGACAAGGGCCCAGGAGGCUGAGGAAAACUACCUCGUAAAACGGGAGCUGGCCACCAUCAAACAGCAGAGUGAUGAGGCCAUUACUAAACUGGAGCAAGCUGAGCAUACCAUCAGGGAGCUCCAACAGCAGCAGCAAUGGCAUAAAUGCAGUUCACGAUACAGUGAAGACUUUGUGCUACAGCUGGAAAAAGAGCUGGUGCAAGCCAGGCUGAGUGAAGCAGAAUCCCAUUGUGCCCUGAAGGAGAUGCAAGAUAAAGUUCUAGAGAUGGAAAAGAGGAACAGCUCUCUCCCUGAUGAGGAAAAUGUUGCUAGACUACAAGAAGAACUGAUUGCAGUAAAAUUAAGAGAAGCAGAAGCUCUGAUGGGUCUCAAAGAACUAAGGGAGCAAGUCAAAGAUUUGGAGGAACACUGGCAGCGUCAUCUGGCUCGUACCACUGGAAGAUGGAAAGAUCCUCCCAGAAAAAACACAGUGAAUGAGCUACAGGAUGAGCUGAUGACAGUCAGAUUGAGAGAAGCAGAAACUCAGGCUGAACUGAAGGAGACCAAACAAAGAAUGAUGGAGAUGGAAACACAGAAUCAGAUCAAUAGUAACCAUUUACGAAGGGCAGAGCAAGAGAUUACCAACCUACAGGGGAAGGUACAGUAUCUUUCUGCACAGAACAAAGGACUUCUUGCUCAGUUGAAUGAGGCAAAACGUAGGCAAGCAGAGAUUGAAUGCAAGAGUAAAGAAGAAGUGAUGGCAGUACGGCUCCGUGAGGCAGACCGCAUCGCAGCUGUGGCUGAACUCCAACAGCAUAUUGCUGAAUUAGAAAUCCAGAAAGAAGAAGGAAAAAUUCAAGGGCAGCUUAAUAAAUCUGAUUCUAACCAGUACAUCAGAGAACUGAAAGAUCAGAUAGCUGAGCUGCAUCAUGAGAUCAAAUGUCUAAAAGGCCAGAGAGACUUCUCAGACCAACCCACUUUUGAUGGGAUUCACAUUGUCAACCAUUUCACAGGAGAUGAUGAAUCAUUUCAUUCUUCUGACGAAGAUUUUAUAACUAACUCCAUACAGGAGAGUGGGGUGAACUUUCAUCUACAUAGGAGGACUGGUCAGAUGGCUUUGGAUCACACAGUUGUAGACAGCAGUGACAGUGAUACUGAAGAAAGUGCCCUUCAGACUGGGAAUUCAGACAAGAUGGUUUCCAAGCAGAGAAGAAUGGAAUCUUACUCAACUACUGUGUGA